GUCGCUCACUCCAACCUAUAAGUCAAUACCCACCACUCCCCUCUAGUUGAAGGGGAGAAAAGCAAAAGGGAGUCUUCAGCUUUCCUUCCUGUCAUUGUUUCCUUUCAGCUUUCUAUACGCUAUCACUCUCGGCUUGUCGUUUCGGGGUUGGGGCAAAGGGGCUCGUUAUUUGAAGGAUACCGUAGGGAGCUAAUCUGCCAUCGCACACAUUUUUUUUUCUUCCACUCUCUCUCUUGUCACCUGUCACUACCCAGAUCUAACCACCACCACCACCCGGCUCUCACACAACUACCCUCGUAGCCUUCCUCUCGUUUCAACCGACUCUUCACAAACACACAUCAACACACACACACCCUCCCCUUCUCCCGUUAGGUGAACACCAGGAGGGAACAAAAAAAAAAGGACAAAAGAGGGAGGGAGGUGAUAAUAAAAAUAAGAAAUAGAGCUUUCGGGAUCCCCAGAGUUAUUACAGCAAUGGCAGCCGCGCAAGGUCUUAGCUCCGUCGAGGACCAACUUCAACAACUGGGAAACGCGCGCGCCCUUGUUCUAACCGAUCCGGUCUACUGGCCACAGGUACUACACGGUAUCCUUCCAAUCGUAUCCGGACCGGUUGUCGAGCUGAGGCGUUGGGGUGCGGACUUUCUCGCUGAGACCUUUUCCACUCCUGUGGUGGAGGCUGGGGAGAAGUUGAAUCUUGCGGUUGCUUGCCUGGAUACAAUGGUUAGGUUGAUGGAUGAGAGAGAGGCUGGAAUUCUUAAGAGCGUCGUCCAGUGUAGUGCUUCCGUAUACCCGCUCAUAUUCAGACAUAUGUACGUGCAUACCGCCCAGCUAUCUUCAACCGGAGGCUUUUACCUAUGCCUCCCAUUACAUUACAUCCCCCCCUUUCCCCUUCUGAAAUCCCCUCCUCCAUGUGGGAAAAGGGAAGGAAAAAGAGAUAUACCAAGUGCUAUUAUAGAGAGGAACCCUCUUCGGUCAUGUUGCCCCUAUACAUCUCCUCCCCCUCUGCUCGUUUCUUCCUUGAUAUCAACUGUUUCGUUUGUUUGUGGAGACUCCUAUAUACUGAGAUAUUUGCCCCUUUCUUUUCUCUUUCUACGAUCACAGAUGCAAUAAUCGAGAAGAUGCAGCCACAUGGAAGAAAAUGGAUGUAUUGAAGUCGAAGAUCCUGAAUCUCUGGGAUACCGGUCCGACGGGGGUACGCCUUUGCUGUGUCAAGUUCGUACAGAGGGUAAUCUUAGUCCAAUCUAGAGGAGUUACGGAUCCCAGAGUGAGUUGAAGUUGCCCCCAUCCUAUCGCUCCCUCACUCACCAACUAAUGCUCGACGCUCCAAUAUAGCUUGCAGAUAGGUCGGAAAUAUCUCUUAGCAUGGUUCCAACUAAUCAUCCCAUUCUGUCACUUCCCGCGCUAGACGCGGAGGCUCAAGGGCUACUUGACAGGCUACUAAGUGUGCUUCACGAAGAUCCUAGGCAAGGAAACACCGUCACCACCACCACCAAUGAUGGAGAAUCAAGUAGAAUAACAGGUAUAUUGAUAAUUAAUAGUGAUGCUACCCUUACCACGGCCACUCUGAACAAUCUUGCGCAACUGAUCAAGACACGGAUACCUAUUGCUGCGAAGAUAAUGAACGCAGUAUUCUCAUUUAAUCCCUUGGCAAUAGUGUCGAGGUCUAACACCAUACAAAACCGUCUCAUGAUGCAAUGUAUGGAAAAGACUGUCCGUGUGUUGUUGCUCAAUAUAGUUCGGUAUGCCAAACCUGCCCAAAAUUUUUACUGUAUUAUUCGACCGCUUCUGCCAGAGCUGUGAUCGUGGCAGGGCGUGGCCAAUGUCUGAUACCCGACCCAGCGCGCAUGCUGACCUGGCCGUUCAAUCUAGUGCCAGCCCGCAAGGGCCGUUCACGGCCAAAAUCUCGCAGCACUUGACCAGACUUUCGCGAAUGAAGGCGGAUCUUCUGGAGGAGCUAUCGCGCAAGAGAGCAGCUCCAACACCGGACAACGACGCAGUCAAGAGGUUGAAGACCGACCAGCAACAGCAACAUGCCGCGGUCACCCCUACUCCGACUCCCCCGCCGGUUCCCCCGCACCAGCAGAUCACCAACGGUCUCAUGUCGUACGCGCAAUUGUAUAGCCUUUCUACCGAUGUCGCCAUGACUUCAUUUGACGGGCAGCAAUUGCCGCUGGAAUUGAUCCUUGAAAUUAUCAAUAGGAGCAUGUAUAAUGUUCAGCAGCACAGCCUCGAUGCCGCGAUCUCUGUAGGCUGCACAAUUGACAUGCAUUCACUGUGAUCACUGGUUAACGCGGUUUAGGCUGUGAGAAAUCGCUACGCUGCCCUUUUGAGCGCACCUCUGUCCGUUCCGCCACAGGCGCUUGCACCAUCUUCUUCCCAGUCUUCGGGCUAUGCCCCACCACCAGCGACUACUGACGAGCCUCCCGUAGGACCCUUUCCAGAUGCUGUCGAGAAUAGAAUUGGCAAACAGGAGAAGGAGGACAAGGCCGAAUCGGGUGAUGAAGAGGACGAAGAGAGCGAGCUCCGGUUGGGGAAAUUCUGUCUCCCGCCUCCACCAAGUCUCACUCGCGAGGACUUGCGCGAAUCAAGUUUUGAUGCAGUAAACAGGAUCUUUUCUGUAAUUGACCAGUUCGAUAAAACCUCACUGGUGUCCAGGAAGAGUAAGCUCGGCGUGAUGCGUCUGGCAGCGAGUAAUUGGGAUAGAGAGGGCUGGACCACCCUCAUCACACGUCUGGCGACCAGGGGGAUGGGAGGGAUUCAAGGUGAAGACAUUAAACCAGAAGUCCCGGACGACUACAAUGGUGAGAUUGAUGAUGAAAACUAUGACGAGGAGGAGGGGGAAGGAAGCGGUAAAUUGCAAAAACCCUCGGCACUGAGCAAUUUCAUCAGGGAUAAACUUUACCUCUUCAUCAUCGAGGAUUUCAGAGGCAGAAUGGACAUUGCGAUCUCCUGGCUCAACGAGGAAUGGUACAACGACAGAAUCAUGGCGAAGGCCCAACCGAACCGGCAGCCCCAAUACAGGAUCUGGAUGAUGAAGGUGAUGGACGGGAUAUUUCCGUUCCUGGAGGGGAAAGACAGGAUGUUUAUGAGGCUGCUUUCAGAGAUUCCCGAGAUCACAGUGGAGUUGUUACAGAAGGUUAAGAUGCUCUGCUUGGACCCCGAUAGAGCGGUUUUAGGGAUCCAGAUGUUACAGUAGGCCCUCCAUGCAUCCCCCAGGUAGAUAUUUCCGAUCAAUUGCUCACCCAUGCGGCAGCUUUCUCGCCAUGCUGAGACCCCCGGUCAGACACAUGUGCAUGGAUGUCCUGGAGGAUCUGUGGCUGAAUCGUGCGCCUCCCGUCCACUCCGUGCCACCAUUCUGACGCCUGCCGCUAACCUUAUCCUCGGGUAUAUCUAGAUGCCGAGCUUCGUGGACAAACUCAUAAACUCAUUUUAAAGUGGAGACCGGAAGUGCUCGCCCCCAAACUCAUCGCUCCUCCCGACGAGGAUAGUGAGGCCCCCGAAACCCAGGUUGCGGUGAACGCUCCCAGUGGGAGUGUCAACGGGAACUCGGUGGUAGCGACAGCAACAACAGCAACAGCAUCAUCAUCGUCGUCGGAUAACACCAAUAAUGCGCCUCGGGCUACUUGAACGUAUUAUUUAAUUCUGAGAUGGGAGAAGGGGGGUUCGUUUCUACCCUUUACAAUGCUUCAAGUCUAUGUGUUUCUCCCCCCCCCAUUUUUUUUCAAUUUUUUCCUCACCAAACACACAUUACGAUACCGUACCUUUUAUGUCUCAUCUGCCUUUUCUCUUUCUAUUCCUUUCCUUCUUUUACACCUCCUACAUCCUUAUAUUCGUUGUAGAAGUCUAGGGGUUUUUUCCUUUCUUUUUUCCCUUUUUUUCCAAAAAAAAUGGCAUGGUAUGGAGUUUUUUCUCUCUCUUUUCAUUGUCUUCCCCCUCUCCUCCCAUCACUACUACUUUUUUUUUUUUUUUUUUGGCGACAGGAGACGGUAUUCUCUUAUUUCUUUUGAAAUGUAUCCUACCUCACUGGAGCGGAAAUGGAGGAAAUUACCCUUUUUGCGAUUAAAUACCGCAGCUGGACCAACCAAAAGUGCAAGCAUAUAUUGUACCUCUUAGAUUAUGAGGUAUGAGAUGAACGGAAUCGAGCUGCACACAAUAAUCAACAACAAAGUGCUUGUACAGUGCUCCUAUCGUGCAAGUAUGCACAAUAACCCACGGAAGAUCAACACUAUUAUUAGCCAUUCGAGUCGAGUCAAGCCCUACCGUGCCGUGAUAUGUGGUACCGUGCUUGCUCGGGUUUCGUAAGCCUUCCCAGGGGUGGAUGAGGCACUGAGAGAGCGUGAAGGACACUCUCUCACUUUGCUGCUAUAUAUGGGCGGAUGGUGUCGUAGGUAGGUAUGGCGGGCACAAUAGGUACAGCAUAACUAGCCAGUGCAGUAUGGGCUUUUGUGGAGAGGGGGAAGGAGGGGGGUAACCUGCGAUCCCGGCACUCCACUUCACGAUAUACCGUAGUAUUCAUACCGGUACUGUGCUCGUACUCCUGCUUCACCAUGUAGCGCUCCCGUCUGGGGGGGACCCCUGCAUACAGUAACUUGUAGAUGAGAUACGGCAGCCAACAGUAGCUGCCGUAUUAUACUAUAAUAGUACACCAGCUGCGAUGCUGUCGGACAGCAAGCAAGCAAGCACAUGGAAGAUGGAUCCUGGGAUC